ACAUGCGUCCCAUCGCAAUAUCCCAUCGGCCGCUCGCUUUCGACGCGUAGCGGCAGUAACACACACUCUCUCCCUUCCGAUCGUCGCCGGCGGCCAUCGGCGGCGCUAGGGUUCAUCGGGUUACGCAGGACAAACUGCGUAGGCGAGGCGCGGGGGAAUCUCGCGAUGGAGGCGGCCGUCGCUUCCACCGGCUCCGGCCUGCGCUGCUCGCCCAAUCCGAUGCCUAAGCAGCAGCACGAGCGGCGAAGUGCUCGGGUGGGCUUCGUCUCCCAGCCGCGACCUCGCGCUGUCCGCUGCGAGCGGUCGCCCCAUCCGGAUGCUCGAGCCUACGCGGCGGUGGCGGUGGGGGUGGUGGCGAAGGGGCGUGAGGUUGGGGGCGUCGGGGUGGAGAGAAGGAGGCUCGCGGUGUUCGUUUCCGGUGGGGGAUCCAACUUCCGGGCGAUCCACGACGCCGCUCUGGGUGGGGAGGUGAAUGGUGAUGUGGUUGCGUUGGUUACCGAUAAACCAGGCUGUGGAGGAGCGGAGCAUGCGAGGGGUAAUGGGAUACCGGUGGUUGUGUUCCCGAAGUCGAAGUCUGCUCCAGAGGGGGUUUCUAUUGAUGAGUUGUUGAAUGCUCUGAGGGAACUCAGGGUAGACUUCAUUCUACUUGCUGGUUACCUGAAACUUAUACCUGUUGAGCUAGUUCAGGAAUAUCCAAAAUCCAUUUUGAAUAUUCACCCUUCACUACUCCCAGCAUUUGGAGGCAAAGGUUAUUAUGGUUUGAAGGUGCAUAAAGCAGUCAUCGCAUCAGGGGCCAGGUAUUCGGGUCCAACUGUGCACUUUGUGGAUGAGCACUAUGACACAGGAAGGACUCUAGCCCAAAGGGUUGUACCUGUGCUAGCCAAUGAUACUCCAGAGCAAUUGGCUGCAAGAGUCCUUCAUGAGGAACAUCAGGUUUAUGUUGAGGCAGUUGCUGCCCUAUGUGAUGACCGAAUUGUGUGGAGAGAAGAUGGUGUUCCACUUAUUAGAAGUCAUACAAACCCUGACGAGUACACUUAACUCAUAGUACUACCUCAAGGAUUGCUGCGCAGCAUGCACGUAAUGAGGCUUCUAGAAUGCCUGCAUUGUUUUUUCCCAAGGCAUGAAGGUCACUCGUACUAAUUGAGAUAAAUAACUUGUCUGGUGCUGUUACUGAAACAAAAUAUCUUGUGCCGUUCAACUCACCGCUUGUUGUGUGACUUUGCUCCAACAAUGACAUGCGCAUAGGCCGAUACUUAGAAACCUCAGUGUUUGCUGGUGUGACUUGCGGAAGCAUACUGGUUGCUGCAUGCACCAAGUUUUUUUUUUUUUUGUGUGUGUGACAGAGCGGGGUGGGGGGGGGGGGAGGGGGUCCAUUGUACCCUUUAGUCUUGGAAUUGUUGUAAUCGGCUGAAGUCAAGUCGAUCAAAGAGGGAGUAAAAACUGGUCAGAUCACACAGGUUUUCAAUGUGUAAUCUGAUUACCAUGCUUCCCAUAUGUUCCAUCCUUGUUUGGUCUGAAGGUGUUAAUAUUUAACCCAA